UCGACUUUGGAAAGCGCGCGCCUUCUCCUUCUCUUUCUCUUUCCCAAUCCAUAUACCAGCGAGCGACACACUCUUCAUCUAACCCGCCAACGCUCGCGGCGACAUUUUCUCUUGUAAAACAACAUCUUAGGCUAUCAACACAUCUGCUGGCAUGUCUGUUGCGCUCGAGGGCCUAGAGCAUGCCGAUCCUGUCGUCCAGGACAUGAAUCAUGCUCUGCAAGCGGCGGACGCAUCGGUCACCAUACAAGACAAAGACAGCACACUCCGAAAUCAUCAUACCAGCAGGGAGAUUGAUGACGUGGUCGAUUUGCAUGAGGGGGACGCGGCAGCACACGAGCAAGUGUCAGAGGAGAUAGACAGAGAUUCCUCGCUCGCAAAUAAAAUACCCGCGUUGGACUCAUUUAAUGGCGACGCAGCCAAUGGGACUGGUGAGCCGCACCCGCCAGUAUCUGAGACCCUUCAGGAUGAUAUACUUAACGACAUUGAGGAGCGUCCGGCCGUAGCAUUGGCCGAGUCAGCUCACUCGCAUGCGAUUGAUGAGCACGCUCCGGCCACGAGUGACGUGCUUGAGCAGCGAGGCGAGCUUGGAUCGUCGGUGGUGACGUCAGCCGAAUCGGAGCAGACCGAUGCUGCUGCUGCUGCGGAGAAAGCGUCCUCCGAUGAGGCGAAUGAGACAACUGCUGAGAUACCGCAGACCGCAGCGCAAAUAUUCUCUGCAGCCGAAGAGCAGCACAAUUCAAGCGAAGAGCCUGAAACUCAACAGGAGGAGGCACAUGAGGAAAACGCGUCGGCUGCUGUUGAUGAGACUGUGGCCGUGGCACCUACCGAGCUUGUUGCUACCGAAGGAGAAGCGCCCACCGAGGAGACUGCACCUACUAAGGAGACUGCUCUCGCUGAAGAAAGCGAGAUCCCUGGCGAACCAAAUGCGACUGAGGAAAUUACCACCGGGGAAGGCGCUACGCCUGUUGUAGAGGCCGCAGCCACUGAAGAGGUUGACACGGUGACGGAGGACAUUGCCGAAGAGGCGGGCACAGGUGAUGAGUCUUCCACCGCCAAGGAAGCGUCUGCUGAAGAGAUUGUCGCAGUAGAAGAGGCAAUCGCUGCUGGGGAGCUCUCUACCGCGGAAGAGGCAGCUCAUGCUGAAAAACCGGCCGCAGAGGAAGAAGCAGCACCGACAGAGGAAAUUGUAGUCGCUGAGCAGACAAGCUUGAGCGAGGAGCGUGCUGCUGCUGAAAGGAGAAACUCAGCACAGGUUGAGGAGACCGCUCGUGAAGCGACUCCUGCGCCCGAAGAAUCGACGACUUUCGAGGAGCGUGCGCCUGCGGCAGAAGCUGCUGUCGUAUCCGAGGAAGUAGCUGCGCCUGUGGAGAUCAGCACUGAGGAGCCUGCUCAUCCAGAGGAGUCAGUUGCAAGUGAAGAACUGGCGCCACAGGAAACCUCAUCCGUCGGGGAGACUGUUACCGUUGAGCAAGAGGCUGCAACUGCCGCAAUCAGUGAGGAAAAGCAGGAAGAGGAGGCGGCCACGGCUACGGAAACCCCGGUAGAAGAGCUAACGGCCGUGGAAGAAGCCAUUGUGGUAGAAGAGCAGGCUACAGUAGAGGAGCUCAAGCCUGAGGAGAUCGCUUCUAUCGAGGAAAUACCGGUUGUGGAUGUGGUAGCUACAGAUCCUCGGGAGGACGCUGUCACCCUCGAAGAGGCGACUCAAUCUGAGGGAGAAGAUGUUGGCGAACGGGUCCCUGCUGCGGAGCAAUUCGCGACCGAGGAGCCGGUCGCGGUUCAGGUGACUGAGAUGAACCCUGUAAACGGAGCGGAGGCCGUAGCAGUCGAAGAGGAUACUCCUGUCGCAGUGACCGCUGAUGUCGCCGAGGUUCUCACGGAAGCAGGUCGUGCAGCUUCCGGGUCGACUGAGGCCGCAAGCUCUUUGAUCGCGGAGGGGUCUGUUGCAGAGGCGAUUCUUGCCGAAGCGACUGCUACAUAUGAGCCGGACACCGCUGUUGCAGGAGGGGAAGAGCCAUUGAGUGCUGCAGUGGAGGCUGCGAUUGUAACGACCGAAGCGGUUCCUGAAGCACCUUCAGAGUUACCAGCUGUAGAUGGCGAAGCUCAGCCUGCCAUUGUGACUUCGGAAGAGGUGACAGAUAUAGAGUAUUCUGGAUCAGCACCUAUUGAGACUGCCGUCGCCAAUACUGAGGUUGAGACAUCCAUACCAGCCGCAAAGGCUCAGGAACAGCCCACUGAGACGUUGGUGGAAGUUGUUCAAGCUGGUGAAGUCGAACAAGCUGGAAACAACGUGGCUCAGCCCGGAAAUGAAGCCGCUCAGCUAGAUGAGAAGCACGUGCCAGCAGCUUACGUUGACGCCGACCAAGUGGCAAGCCGUGAGGAAGCUCCAGUCGUUGCGGAAGAAUCUGCAACUGCAGCGAAGGAGGACGCACAAGAAGGAUCUACUGGAGUCGCGCACCAUGUUCUUCAGGCUGGCCUUGCAACCGUCGCUGGCGCCGGGGUUCAGGAGCUCGCUGCUCAGGUUCCGAUCUUGGAACAUCUCGAUCACGAUGACGCUGAGGACGCUGCGGUGGUCGAGUCUCAUCAGGUGUGUCCUUCCUCGAAUGCUUCUGGCACCCAUCGUAGUAAACGAAUACAGGAGCAAGAAGUGCCUGCAACGAGUAUCAUUAGCGCUGCGGAGAAGGCCGUGCCCGAGGCAGGUAUAUCUGUUGUCGAAGAAGACGCUACCCCAGCUGUGACGAUCGACGUCAGCGAGGAUAUAGCUGGCAAGGUCGUUGAACAGGACAACCUUCCUGCUGCGGAAGGGUCGCUCCCUGCAGCAGCAACAGAGACGGAGCGCCCUAAGUCACCGUGGACGCCGUCCUACAGCGUCACCAGGCAAGGAUCCGGAGUUGACGCCGACGCUGAUGAGGACAAAGAGGAGAUUGCGGAGUUAGAGCAACUUCCGCCGCCUGCGAACGAGGCUCAGGCUGAGUCCUCCACGGUCGAGGAAACGGCGAUCGCGGUGCCUGUGAUCCGAGCCGAGAUCGUCGACGUCCUAACCGAGGAACCGUCUGCAAUGAAGGUCUCUAUAGUGGAGGACGCUACCGAGACUACCGAGGAAGAGGCAGCGAAGCCCACUUGGGUUCGUUCCUAUUCCGUCAGCUCCCAAGGUACUAGCCCUGUCCAUUCGCCGAAGCUUGGACCGACGGAGGCCGCGGAAGAACCUCCAAAAGCUACGUGGGUCCGUUCGUACUCGGUCAGCUCGCAGGGUGGCAGUCCCUUGCAUUCACCGAAACCACUUGACGAAGCUGCGGCGGAUGCUAAUAGCGAUGAACAAGUCGUUGAAGCAGAGGCGGUUCAGAUAACGAUCUCCCCAGCUCCAGAAACCGAGGUUGUCGGCAACAUCGCUUUUGCUCAAGAGUCGGUGCCAUCGGUUGUCUCGGCGACCGAGGACACUGUAUCAGACGUGAAUAUCGAUGGCACUGCGGCGGAUGUGAUCACGGAUGAGGCUGGAGAGGAGGGAAAGUCGGCUUCCUGGGUCCCAUCUUACUCCGUGAACUCUCUAGGCACUAGUCCCUUGCAAAUAGCACGUGCGACUGAAGAUGCUGAUGUAGAAGGACUUGCACCCUUGCCAGCCAUGGUUGCGAGCGAGAGCACGUCAGUUCAAACAGACUUUCCUGUGGUCGAGACCACUAUUAUCGAGGUAGUCGAAGAAGCCUCGCCAGACAUCCUCGCAUCUAAUGCACAAGCCGCUCCACAGCUUUCUGUUGAUGUAUCUACUGUCACCACCAAAGACGCCGAGAGACCAAAAUCACCGUGGACGCCUUCAUACUCUGUGACCCGACAGGGCACUAGUCCUUUGAACGGUCCAAUUGCCAUGGAAGAAAAGGAACUGGAUCAAUUGGAACAGCUGCCGGCUCCUGUCACACAAGCUGAGGAGCAAGCAGAAACGGCAGUGCGAGAGAUUGUUACUGAGGUUAUCGUCCAGAAACAGUUGUCAACGAACAAUGACGGUCUCGUUGUUGGCGAGCCUCCUGCCCGUCCGUGGACACCAUCAUAUUCUGUCACGACGCAAGGGCCUGGAACACCGAAGGCAGUUGGAGUCAUUGAGGCUUCGGAGACCCAAGCAUCCAAACCUGAAUUGACGCCGCUGACAACGGCGAAUGGCGAACAGCAAGACCAAGCCACUCAAGGCGAACCCAAGUCUCCCUCAACCCGUGCGAGGAAUGGGUCCAACACGUCCUCUCGCUUCUUCCCGGGAGGAUGGUUCUCCAGUUCCUCGAAGUCGCCUCAUCACGCUGGUCGGCUAUCACAUGAGAACGCGGAGGGCGAGUUUUCCAAGAGUUCCACCAGUGCUUUGGCUUCUCCUGCGCUCGAAACGACAGCCAACGCUGCUAAUGGCGAUGUUGGUGAAAGAAGGAAGUCGAGAUGGUGCAUAGUGAUGUGAUCUCUGCAAGACGUUUGCGAGUGCAACCAUCGUAAUGGAUCUAUCUCAUAUUUACUCUGGAAUAAUUGAGAUUGCAAUACUUCACAUCUAUGCUGUAUAGUUUUUGAGCUUCGUAUCCUGUUUGCUACAUUUACUUCUAUACCCAUCAAAUGUGGUCCAGCACUCUGGAAUAACCAUUUUACUGACAUGACUUUGACCG